UUUGAUAUCUAUAAAUAAUACCCAUUUCCCUUUUUUUAAUUUCUUUAUUUUUUUAAACUAUUCCCAUAGCAACAAUGAAAGCAACAUAUACCUUAGUCACUCUAUGCUUGUUAUUUCAUCUUGCAUUAGCCGAUAUCUAUAACCAACUUCAAUUUAUGAAGAUUCUUUCUCCUACAAACGGACAAAGUAUACAAGCCGGAGAAAAUGUUACUAUUACAUAUGUGAUGCAACCUCUUGUCUAUAAGCAAGUAUCAAAUGGGUAUGCAAAGAAUAUCGUCAUCAAUUUUCAUAAAAGAUCCGGAAAUACCAAGCAAGAAGUGAUUGAAAAUAUAUGUCCUACUUGUCCACUUGCUGCUAAACAAGACAAAUAUGUUACAUAUACCAAACAAUGGACGAUUCCCAAAGAUACAACCCCUGGCUCUUAUGCAUUUGAUUUUGUGGAAACUGUUCAGCUUCGUAGAGCAGUGGCCACCUCUUCUGAAACAGUUAAAGUGAACAUUGUGGACAAUUAAGGGAUAUUUAAAUCGCGUCACCUUUUGUGAGAAAUAAACUUUUUCCCCCUUAUUUUUGUUUCUCUUUCUCUCUUUUUUUUUCUUAUUUUUACUUUUUAUUGUUGUACUUUUUUAUGUUAACGAAGCCCUUUUGUGGUUGUGGAAAUCAACAAGAAGUAAAGAAAUA